AUGCCGAAACAGAAUCGAUCAUCAGCUUCUUCUUCUUCUUCUGCCAACCGCAACAACAACAACAACAACAACAACAAUGCUUCAACAAGCGCCAGUACUACCACCACCACCACCACCACCAAUACUACUUUCCGUAGACGUUGUAGAAGAAUAUAUUCUUUCAUUCGAAAAUAUCGAAUAUGGCUCAUUUGUUUAUGUUUCAUUUUGGUUAUAAUAUUGAUGAUUAUAUUUCUAUGGAUUUUUCUACAUUCAGAUCGAUCAUUGGAUGAUUUAUUCACAAAAGAAUGUGUUUAUAGCCAUAAUGAAUAUCGGAAAAAACAUAGAGACACAAAGCCAGUGAUUUCAUCAAAAGAGUUGUCCAAAGUGGCUGCUACACGUGCAGAAAAAUUGGUACAAAUAGAUCGGCUAGAACAUUUACCACAGAAUAAUAAUGAUCAUUAUUAUGGUGAAAAUCUUUACAUGAUUUAUGGUGGUUAUAGUGAUUGUCAUACGGUCACUAAAUCUUGGUAUCAAGAAUUUGAUGAUGAAAAUUAUGAUUUUCAAAAUCCAAAAUAUGAUGGAAAAACUGGUCAUGCAACACAAGUGAUUUGGUAUGAUACCACCAGAAUUGGUUGUGCACAACGUAGUUUUCAAAGUGGUGGCCAUUAUCCAAAACAAUAUACAGUUUGUAUGUAUGAUCCAGCCGGUAAUAUGAUUGGCAGGUUCAAGGAAAAUGUUUUUCCACCACUUUAUCGAUAAUUUUUUGCUUUCAA